CCCGCCGAUAUCGAUGCGGAUAUGAGAGAAAUGGAGAGGAGAAAGAGGGUCGAGAUGAUGAUGAACUCACGAAUCUUCCGGGAAGAGCUGGAACGUAUAAUUGAGACACAGAUGAGGGACGGUGCUGGACCCUCUGGUCUCCUGCAACAGAUCUCUGACAUGAUGGGUGCACAGGGAGCCCGGUUUAACGGCAAUGUGUUCAAAAAUUCGAAUUGCGUCUUGCCUAUCAACGACAUUCGCGGCGUGGAAAGCAUGGGAUACGCCAAGGGCGAGAAAUUGUUGCGAUGUAAGAUGGCGGCGGUGUUUAGAUUGCUUGAUCUCUACGGAUGGACGCAGGGAGUCGGCGGGCAAAUAACUGCCCGUCUUAAUCAGGACCAGGAGCACUUUUUGGUGAAUCCUUACGGGCUACUCUAUCACGAGGUUACCGCCUCGAGUUUGAUCAAGGUGGACAUGCAGGGCACGAUUGUCGAGCAGGGGACGACAAACUUUGGCGUGCACAUCACUGGUUUUCAAUUACACUCGACAAUACACGCAGCGAGACCCGAUAUCAAGUGUAUUAUUCACAUUACUACUCCGUCCGUUACCGCUGUUUCCUCCUUGAAGUGUGGAUUGUUACCAAUCGGUCAAGAGAGCAUAGUGAUAGGUGAAGUGAGCACCCAUCAAUACAUAGGAGGUUCCGUCGAGCCGGAGGAACGGGAGAAGAUUGCUAGAAAUCUCGGGCCGAUCAAUAAGGUUAUGCUCCUGACGAAUCGCGGCGCCCUUUGCUGUGGAGAAACAGUGGAAGAAGCGUUCUUUAACGUUUACAAUACUGUAGUCGCCUGCGAGACGCAACUAAAACUAAUGCCCGCAGGUGUAGAUAAUCUAAGCCUUAUCAGCGAGGAAUCGAAAAAAGCUAUAUUUGAAGCGUCGCGAAAACCGCCGAUCCCGCAGCAACAAAGCUCAGCGGUAGAGUCGUCCGCUCUCGCGGAGAAACUCGAGAAACGCUGGAGAAUUGGCGGCGCUGAAUUCGAGGCCCUUAUGAGAAUGCUUGACAACGCUGGAUUCCGUACGGGCUACAUAUAUAGGAAUCCACUUGUAAAGGGAGAACCCCCAAAACCACGAAACGAUGUUGAAGUUCCACCGGCCGUAUCGUCUUUAGGAUAUCUGCUUGAAGAAGAGGAAUUAUAUAAGCAAGGGCUGUGGAAGGGCGGACGUAAAGGCACAGACAGAUCCCGUUGGUUAAAUUCGCCAAACGUUUACCAGAAGGUUGAAAUCCUGGAAACUGGAACACCCGAUCCUAAAAAGAUCACCAAGUGGGUGUCUGAUGGAUCUCCUACCCAUAGCAGCACACCAGUCAAGAUAGACGGUGCUCUUCAGUUUGUUCCGAAAAAUACCAACCCAAAGGAAUUCAAACAGUUACAACAGCAGAUUAAAGAUUAUCGACGAGCAGAGAAAAUAUCGGCUGGUCCGCAAUCUCAUAUAUUGGAAGGUGUAUCGUGGGAGGAAGCUAAAAAAAUGCAGGACGCGACAAUUAGUGGUACCGGAGAACAAGUAGUUUUAGUAGGAGCCGCUAGCAAGGGUAUUAUACAGCGUGGUUUCCAACACAAUGCGAUGGUGUACAAGACACCUUAUGCCAAAAAUCCUUUCGACGCCGUCACGGAUCAAGAAUUGGAUCAAUACAAGAGAGAAGUCGAACGCAAACAGAAGGGAGAUCCUUACGAUGAAUCACAAUCAGAAUCCGAGGCCUUGUCAUCCUUUAACAUCAGUCGUGCGACGCAUGAAUCCAGCACUGCCAAGAGUCCUAUUCAGUCACCAGUUUCUGUUACUUCGGAAACAGAGGAGGAGAGUAGAGACGAACCCCGAGUAUUGAGAAUAGAAACGAAACAAGUGCCUGUGCCGAGUCAACCCGAAGUUGUGUUAAGCGAUGUGAAUGAUGCUACUACAGAGUACCUUAAUGAGAUGCGCUACAGAAUGACUGAGCGACAAAGCGGUUACAAAGGAGGAGAGAAUACCGUAAACGGCGAUCACUCGGACGCUCAUCACAGUACUUUUUCGCAAAGUAGCAAGGAGGAUGUGAGCGUUAGCGAGGAAUCGCCAAAGAAGGAAAAGAAGAAGAAGAAGGGCCUUAGGACGCCAUCCUUCCUUAAAAAGAAGAAGGAAAAGAAGAAGUCGGUCGAGGCGUAGGUAGUCGUAGCUCAGACACUGCCACAAGCAAAAGCUUCUC